GAGAUCUGCCCACGGAGGUGGACGACUGGGCCAACACCAACAACAUGCUGCACGUGGGGUCGCUGGCUCGACACAACAAUGUAAGAGAUCUGCCCACGGAGGUGGACGAGUGGGGCAACACCAACAACGUGCUGCACGUGGGGUCCCUGGCUUGCCACACCAAUGAUGCGGUGAGGGAGAGGGUGAUAGAGCGCCCUCUCACGGACCUCGAGAGGCGAAUGGUCACCUUCGCUUCGCAGCGCGUUGCUUUUUCCGUCUCACCCAUCACCUUCACGCCCAAGCUCAGACCAGCUCGCUCUUGA